AUGACACCUUUAAACACAUCGCCUGACCCCAUUAGAAAAUCAACAACAAGAUCAAAUUUCACAGAUACUCAAAUCAUUGCAUUAAGUGGUGCAUUAGCUGGUUUCAUUGCAGGUGUUUCAGUCUGUCCAUUAGAUGUUGCUAAAACAAGAUUACAAGCUCAAGGAUUAUCUUCAAAUAAAAAAUAUCAUGGUAUUACAGGUACAUUAAAUACAAUUUUAAAAGAUGAAGGUGUAAAAGGUUUAUAUAGAGGUAUUGUACCAAUUAUAAUGGGAUAUUUCCCAACUUGGAUGAUUUAUUUCACAGUUUAUGAAAAAGCGAAAUUAUAUUACCCAAAAAUAUUCCAAAAUCAAUUUGGUCAUAAUAAUCAUAAUGAAUUUUUCGUUCAUUCCUUAUCUGCUUUCACUGCUGGUUCAGUUUCCACUUCAAUUACAAAUCCAAUUUGGGUUGUCAAGACAAGAUUAAUGUUACAAACUGGAGAUGAAAGUUUGGAAAAAAAUUAUUAUAAAAAUACAAUUGAUGCAUUUAAAAAAAUGUAUAAAAAUGAAGGUUUUUUAGUUUUCUAUUCAGGUUUAAUUCCAUCAUUAUUUGGUUUAUUUCAUGUUGCUAUACAUUUCCCAGUUUAUGAAAAAUUGAAAAAAUUUUUAAAAUGUGAUAAUUUUAAAUCUCAAACAAAUGAUGAAUUACAAACCCAUUCAAAUAAUUUAAUUAGAUUAAUAACUGCAAGUUCUUUAUCCAAGAUGUGUGCAUCAACUUUAACUUAUCCUCAUGAAAUUUUAAGAACAAGAAUGCAAAUAUCUUCAUUUAAUAAAAACAAAUCAAUUAAAACAGGGUUGAUAAAUACAAUAUUAAAUAUUUAUAAAAAAGAAGGAUUAAUUGGGUUUUAUCAAGGUUUUACAACAAAUUUAGCAAGAACUGUACCUGCAUCUGCUGUUACUUUAGUUUCAUUUGAAUAUAUAUCAAGAUAUUUAACAACUGCAUUGAAAUAGAGAGAA